GUAAUCCGGCUGGAAUCAUGUUGUCCCGAACGACUCUAUUUUCGAGUCAUGCCUCGUGCAGAAACACUAUUCUCAGGUGCUGUAGUGAAAAAGCUUCCCAGAGUAAGCAUGUCGCCCCAGUACCAAAUCCAGAUGAAAUUCACGAUGAUCAUGACCGGGCUCUCCCUGUUCAGAGGAAAAUGCGAACCAAAGUCACUACACCCCUGUUAGAGGUCAUGUUAAAGAGAAUUGAAAAGAUACUUGAAGAAAGUAUGCCUAUAAAAGUAUUUAAGAAAUACACCUGGGCUAAGGAUGGUAUGUUUAAUCUCAAAGAGGAUGCAAAAAUAUAUUUUGAUGUCAGCAAAAGGAUCAGUAAUGGUGAUGAAUUCAGCACAUUCACACGGAAAGAGCUAUCUGUCUACAACCAGUUGCCACUGGAGAUGAAAAAAGCCAUUCCAAUAAUUGUGCUGUGUGGCGCACCAUUUGGAUUUUUUUUCCUGCCACUGAUGUUUGUGUUUCCUCAAUACACUUUAACGAGCCACUUCCUCACGGAUGAACAACUACGACAAGUGCACACUAGGAGACUGUACUGGAGAUUACACUGUUAUCCCAAUGUAAUGGAUGGUCUAAAAAUACAGAUCAGAAUGAUAACAGACCAGCAACAGGCUUAUAAUGGCCUCAAGUCAAUCAUUAUAAAGACUGAACAUGGUUGUCCAGUAUAUGCAGAUGAAAUUUUACGAACUGCACGAGGGUUUUCCAUCGAUCACUCAACUAACAAAUUUUGGGCCAUCAAGAGACGUUACUGGUGGCAGUUGGCAAAUUCCUUUGGGAUGGGUCGGAGUCAUGUGAAAGUGUAUAAUCAGAUCAUGGCAGUACACUAUAUAGAUAUGUGUAUAGUGAGGGAAGGCUUAGAGAAUCUAAGUGACAGGGAUCUACAAACGGCAUGUUAUGUUCGUGGGUUAAAUGCAGACGGUCUGACACGUGAGGAACAAGAAGAUUUCAUGAAGGAGUGGCUUGAAGUGAGCCUCCAUACUAACAGUGAUAAUAUAAGUAUGCUGUUACACACCAUAGUGUUUCUGAACUUUGAUGCCCCAACAAAUGUAAAACUCAUGCCACGAUGGUUUUGGAAGAAGAGGUUAAGGAUACCGGAGCACUGAUAAACUAGUAAAGACUUAACAAUUUGUAGGAGAAACAGGUUUUUGGCUGGAAACCAGAUAUUUUGUGUCUGCAGAUCGGCUCAAUACCAUGUCGCUGGCAAAUCCAGAACAUUUUACAAGUUAAGGAAAAUUCUAGGGUGGCAUACACAAUAUACACAAUUUGAAAUAUUUGAAAGUUUUUCAUUACUCCAAUCAUAGGUUCUUAUCAAAAACUUGAUUCCCUAAAAGAAUGUUGACGAAACAAGGCCAGUGGAGACUUAGGCCUAAUCUUAUUGUUCUUUCGGCGUUUAUUGACCCUCAAUACUCCAGGGAAUGCAAUCACUUUAGUUCUCUGUACCCCUAGAACAUUGUCAUAGCAAAACUGAAGGUUCCAUGUUCAACACCUUGUGAACAAGACAUACUAGUUUGAUUCUUGAUGUACAUCAAACGAAUCUUGAGGUAGCAUAACAGUAUAUUAAGUUGGGUGUUAAUCUUCAAAAGGAGUGUAUCAGCCUGUGAUAGGUCAGUCUUUCCUCCUGGAACCAAUCAGAAUACUUCGCUUGUGCCUUCUAUUUUGCCAUGACAUGUUCCAGGGGUGCAGAAAAAACAAAUUGAUUGUAACCCUUGGAGUAUCGAGAAUGGAGUUUAUCUAAACCACAUGGAUUUUGCACGUAAAAAGAAUUCUGGUUCUUCAAAUAAUUUAUAAUAUAUAAAUACAUCUUUUUUUAAUUUCAUUUCAAUAAAAAUAAUAAUGAUUUUUCUUUGAAUUAUCUUAUUUAUUGAAUGUUAGGAGUAUUUAUCUAAACUUUGAUUAUAACAUUUGGUAAUUUUUUAUAACAAUAUUGAUGUUCAGCUCAAAACAGACAAUCCUAUGCACUAAACAACUGAACUCUGUACAUGUCAUCAACACAUUAGUACCAGUUUCCUGAAAAUUAUCAGAUUGAAACAGAAAAUUCAGUCCUUUCCUGUUGAUUGUGUUUUCCAUGGUAUAUCUGUUUUUCUGAUACUCUUAAUUUGAAUGCAUAUUUUUUGAAAUAUAGAAAAAUAUUUCAGAGUGUACUUGAGAACAUAUCAGCAAAUUUUUUAUAGAUCAGCUGAAAAAAAUCAUAAUUCUCAUAUAAUCUUUGAUAUUCAACAGGAAACAGGGAGUUUCCAAUGAUGUUUUGUCUACAUUGUAUAUUUUCUCAGAUAUACAGAAAUUUUAAUCUAUUUUUAGAUUUAUAAAGCAUUUAUUGAAAGCUAUUAACAAGGAAAUUUUUAAAGAACAAAAGACCUGCAGUGUAUAACGCUAUUAACAAGGAAAUUUGUAAAGAACAAAAGACCUGCAGUAUGUAAAUCAGAUUGUUGCUCAAGGCUUUUGUCUGUAAGUAUACGACUUACAGCUUUUAGACAAGUACUACAUAAAAUCUAUACUGAAAUCCAGAUUAACUGCUUUCCUGAUCAACUGUCGUUUUGAUUCAUCAUAUACAUGUAUUGUAAAUCAAUUUCAUUUUCAUCUUUCAAUGAAAGAAAAAAUGAUGUUUUCUAGGAAUAAAAAAAUGUGACUUUAAUGAAAUAUUAUAAGAUUUACAGAUUAACUUAUUUCAUAGUCAAACCACCGACUGUUGAUACAGUUAAGGAGCUAUAGAACAGAUUAACAACCAAUAUAGAUAGAGAAGAAGCUAAAUAUCAUAUUAAAAGUUCAUUUUGUAGGUCCUGUUGCUGAACAAUGUAGUUAUCCGACAAUAAGCCCACCCAUAUCUUGUUGUUCAGCAGAAGUAAACAAAUUCUUUUUUAAUGCCAUGCAAUGGCCCAAUCCCCAACUCUGAAUCAGAACUGAUAUCUUCUGUGUUAAAUACAGGAUACCUAUGUAGUGUGAAGUCCUAGAUAAGCUUUGUUUUCACUCAAAUGUAGCUAUCACAUAAAAUAGUCUGAAAUUUAGAAGGAUAUGAUUUCAGAAAGACGUAUCAUUAAGUGUUAUGAUUCUGGACAGACUGUAGCAUGACAUUUAUGGCUGAGAGUUGAUUGGUGUAAAUGAGAGAGUGUAGAAUGAAAUGUUCUGUGUAAAUAAAAAUUGUUUUGUGUGAUAUUCUGAACUGUUACUGAUUAAAUGUAUAUAAACUCUA